UUGCUAAACGAUUCCUCUUCACAUUCACUUGCAUGUCUUCCACGAGCAGUUUCAUUUAUCUACUGGCCUUUUCCUAACAUUCAACCUCUGUCGCUUGCACUUCUCGGACUGGAGAGAUAUUUUGGGCCACUGCUGCAGCUGGUUGAGAAUUAGAAUCACAAGACGAGCCAGUGGGAAAAAAACAAACAAGAAAAACACUGUGAUGCACAUUUUGCAUGUGGUGUUGCUUUUGGCCUUUCUGGUCCUUGGCCACUCUUCACCUGCUGUAGAUAACACGUGGGAGGAGUGGAAAGUCAAUAAUCGCAGGGUUUAUGACAACGAGACGGAGAACAGCUUCAGGAGAGCGGUGUGGGAGAAGAACAUGAACCUGGUGCUGAAACACAACCAGGAGGCUUCAGAAGGAAAACACAGCUUCACUUUGGGACUGAACCACCUGUCGGACAUGACAACCGAGGAGAUCAACGAGAGGCUGAACGGUGCGAGGCCGGAGGAGGUGGAUCUUCUCAGAAACGAGACAUUCAAGAGAGCGAGCGGCUCAGUGGCGCCUCCGAGUGUUGACUGGAGGAAGUCGGGCCUGGUCAGUCCUGUGCAGAACCAAGGCUUAUGUGGGUCGUGCUGGGCCUUCAGCUCUAUGGGGGCUCUCGAGGGGCAGAUAGCGAAGCGAACCGGCGCCCUCGUCCCCCUGAGUCCACAGAACCUGCUGGACUGCAGCACCACCGACGGUAACCAUGGCUGCAGAGGAGGAUACCUCUCCAAAGCCUUCAACUACGUCAUCCGCAACGGGGGCGUCGACUCCGAGAUAUCUUACCCCUACGAACACCAGAACGGGAAAUGUCGUUACUCUGAGAAAGGAAAAGCUGGAUUCUGCUCUAAUUUUCACGUCCUUCCACAAAGAGACGAGCGCGCUCUGCAGGAAGUGACAGCAUCAGUGGGACCUGUCUCUGUGGCUGUGAACGCCAUGUUGCCGUCGUUCCACCUGUACAGAGGAGGUUUAUACAACGUCCCGAACUGCAACCCGAGGUCUAUAAAUCACGCCGUCCUGGUUGUGGGCUACGGCACCGACAACGGACAAGACUACUGGCUGGUGAAAAACAGUUGGGGAACUGGAUGGGGAGAGCAAGGCUUCAUCCGAAUGGCGAGGAACAAGAAUAACCUCUGCGGCAUCGCCAGCUUUGCAAUUUAUCCAACUCUGUGAAAACAUCACCGGAAUCAUCUCUCAGAAGAUUUUUUUUCAGAGACAAGAUGUUUUUUUCUCUUUAAAUUGCUGGUGCUGUCCUGAACGUUAAAUAAUAAAGAAAAUAUCACAAAAAAAGCAAAAUUCACAAAAUUAUGGUUUCUGCCAUGGUGGCCUUUCUCACAGAUGAUUUUAAUUCUUGGAUGAUAAUCAAGAAAAAACUUGCUUUGUACUCUUUUGUAUAUCUCAUAAGUUUUAAGUGUAUUUUUGAUUUUAUGUGUUUUUUAAAUUACAAUGUACAUGAUGUCAAAUGUACCAAAUUGAUUAAAUAACCCUCUUGAUAUUAAAGAAAAGAUAAAAAGAUC